UACACAGUCUUUUAACACAUGCAUGUGUCUUACUAUUUCAAAGGCAAAUGAAAAGGCUUAUAGUUCCAAAGCAUAAACUUUGGAAAAUAUUUGAUCCUUAUUUUCAUCUAUGCUAUCAUUAUUAGUUGAAACAGUCAAGAGAAACACAUUUUUCCUUAUGUCUAUAUCUAUCCUGCACUGACUUGAGGAAAGGUUACCAACACUCAUAAGUGCAUAAAUCUUUUCCUUGGUGUCACAGAAAUCCAAAUACUUUUUUUGAAUGAACAGCUUAGUAUAAUUAAGAUUUCUUAUUCUUUUAAUUUUUUUGUUUUUACUUAUCAGAAACUGUCAUGAAAGAACUAAUGAUUUCACUGCAUUAAAACUCAUGUUUCAGUUUAGGUUACCUGUUUUCUGGUAUGGAGGGUGAAAACCUGUAGUUAACACAUCCCAUAAAUGAGUCAGAAUGGCAUAAAAUGUAUUCUUCAGUUCCAGAUUCUAAAACUAUCUCAAUUAAGGAACUAAUUUACAUGAAAGGGAUGAUUUUAGACAACUGUGUGACACAGUAUUUUUAAUUGCAUUAUUUUCUUUCUCAGAAUGUGAUCUUCAUGGUGUGCUGGAGGGGAGUCUGAGUUUUCAACCACCCCAAUGGAUGCAGAGAGUGAUGUUGCAUUGGACAUUUUAAUCACAAACGUAGUGUGUGUUUUUAGAACAAGAUGUCAUUUAAACUUGAGAAAAAUUGCAUUAGAGGGAGCAAAUGUGAUCUACAAGCGUGAUGUUGGGAAAGUAUUAAUGAAGCUUAGGAAACCUAGAAUUACAGCGACAAUUUGGUCCUCAGGAAAAGUUAUUUGCACAGGAGCCACAAGUGAAGAAGAAGCUAAAUUUGGUGCCAGAAGAUUAGCUCGUAGUUUGCAGAAACUAGGUUUUCAGGUAAUUUUCACAGAUUUUAAGGUUGUCAAUGUUUUAGCAGUGUGCAACAUGCCCUUUGAAAUCAGAUUGCCAGAAUUUACGAAGAAUAAUAGACCUCAUGCUAGUUAUGAACCGGAGCUUCAUCCUGCAGUGUGUUACAGAAUAAAACCUCUCAGAGCUACCUUACAGAUUUUUUCAACAGGAAGUAUCACAGUAACGGAUGUGCAGAAACAUCAGCUGAGAGCACACACACCUGUUAAAAUGGGGCAGGGGAGGAAUGAAUUAAAGAUGCAAAAACUGAGGGAAAUAGAGCUUUGAUACACAUGAGGGCCAAACGUUAAGGCUGUUGCCAGUGCUGUGGAACAGAUUUACCCAUUCGUGUUUGAAAGCAGGAAAGAAAUUUUAUAAUUCACCACUUAAUGGUUAGGUUCCCUAACCAAGCACCUUUAAAGACUGCUGCACAUUGGACUAAAUGCAAAAAGGAAAACUGGACCAACGGUAGCUGAGGAAAUACAGACUCUUUUACUUGUUCAUGGCCACAGUGUAAACUCCAGUCCCUUUGGAUUUUAUUUUGAACAGUGCUGUAUUGUAAAAACGGAAGUUUACAAAAUAUGAAAUUGCUGCUUUUAAAAAGACAUUCUAUUUAUUUUUGCAGUAAUUUCUGUGUAUUCAUAAGCAGACCUGUCACGAUGUGCACUACCUUUCAAACAUUUUUUUUUUAGUUUGAGCUUGUGUUUUAUUUGUGAAUAGUCUUUUACAUUUUUGUAUGAUGAAUAUUGGGCACCAAAGAAGCUGUAAAAGUUAUCUUUUUCACUUGAUGAAUGUGCACAAAUAAAAAUUUGGAAAAUAGCUCUCUUAA